CAUCACCGUUUUCUUCUUUCAUAUCACCACCAUCAUCACAUAACCACUCCACUGGGACCACCACCAUCAUAACAUCUCUCUUCCUUCAUUAGAGCCCUUCAAGAUCUGUUAGAGCACAUGCUGUUCAGUCAUGCAAGAAGAACCCCUGCCCCCACCAGCAGUCUUCAGCUCCCGUCCUUCCUCCCAGCCUUUGGAGAAUUACCAGGCCAGCCUGUUCCUUCUAUACUCUCUGAAUUGUUUAUUAGAAAAGGUGCCAAGGCCAAGGAUAAUUGGGAAAAGCCUCUCACUGGAGGACCAGUGAGCAUUUAUCCUGCAAGUGUGGCAGCUCCUGCCCUGGGAGGAAUGGCACCAGUGGCCGCCCAGCUCCUUAUCUGCCAGCUGGUUUGGGGGCCAAUUUUGGCAGAGGACAUCAAGGAGCAGAUUGCCGUCCAGAACUUCCGCACUUUACACAUAGACUACCCCAGGGUCAGCUAUCCAGAGGGUUUCCAGGGCUACUGUAAUGGUCUGAUGGCCUAUGUGCGGGGCAAGAUGCAAACCUGGAAUUGCCCAAAGACCUACUACGUGGUACAUACACCUUGGAACGCCAUUGUGAGGACCUGCAAGCUCAGUGAGAGCUUCUGCGAGAACUACAAUGAAUACUGCACCCUCACCCAGGAUUCCUUCCCACUCACGGUCUGCACCCUGGCACUCAGACAGCCACCCACCAGCUGCCGCUACACUAGCACCCUCAGCAACCGAAGGCUCUACCUGCUCUGCUCCCGCAAGUAUGAGGGUGAACCAAUGGGCAUCAUUGGCUACUUUUAGGGAAUUUAAUUGCUGAGCCACCCCCCAUGCUCCCCCAGCUCUGUCACAAGGCAGCCUGUCCCCAUUUCCAAAACUCUGAUGCCUACAAUAAUACUUUCUUCUUGACUCCGAGGCAGGUGUGAAAUGUCCAAGGCUUUGAUCACCCUGCAGAGUUGUCCUGUCUUCUAAGAG